AUGUCCAGAAAUCAAUUUAGAAUUGUCGUUGGUUCAUAUGAGCACAAUUUACUUUGUCUUUCAUUGGAUUUGACAUUGGAGACUCCAGUUUUCACUCCAAUCUUCCAUUUCCAAGCACAUUCCUUAAGCGUUAAAUGUCUAGAUAUAUCGAAAAGAUAUUUAGUGUCUGGUUCAAAUGACGAGCACAUUAGAAUAUAUGAUUUACAAAAGAGGAAGGAAUUAGGUACACUUUUGGCACACCAAGGAUCUAUUACUAAUCUAAAGUUUUCCAAAGUGUCUGAUCAGGAGCCAAAAUCUACCAGUGGUAAAUGGUUACUGUCUGCUUCUGAAGAUAACAAAAUCAUUGUAUGGAGAGUUAAAGACUGGGAGAAUUUCGGGACUCUAAAAGGACACACUGCUAGAAUUAAUGAUAUGGACAUUCACCCUUCCAACAGAGUUGUAGCAAGUGUAAGUGAGGAUCAUAGUAUUAGAUUGUGGAAUUUGAUGACUGUUAAAAAGGCAGCUGUUCUGAAACUAAAGAAAUAUAACCAAAAUGGUCAAUUUGUUAGAUGGCUAAAAGCCCAAGGCAAAUACUUUGCUGUAUCUUUAAUGACUAAAGUUUUAAUUUAUGACUCUACCACUGCUAAAGUUUAUAGAGAGAUUGACACCGGGAGAAAGACAAUCAUGCACAUGGAAACAGUUGUCCUUGCUGAUGUAGAAUACAUUGUUUUGGGGAUGAGUGAUGGUAAAGUAUUGUUUUAUAAGGUGGAAGAAAUACUGAACAGUAAAGAAACGGAAUUCACUGAGGAACCAGAGUUUUCACUUCUAGGGCAUACUAAUCGUGUCAAGGACCUAAAGUUUUAUGUUAACGAGUUUGGAACAUAUAUGGUUACCAUUGGUUCAGAUGGUAAAGUUAUAGUGUGGGAUAUGGACAAGAGAGAUCAAGUGGCAGUUUAUGAUUGUGGUGAAAGGCUAAAUUGUCUGGCAGUAUGCGAUGAGACUAUUGAAAAGGCUGAUACAAUGAAGAAAAGAACCAUAGAUCAAAUUGAACUAGGUGAGCAAAGUGAAGUUGAGAGUGAUACUGAAGAGUUAAAGAAGGUAAUGUUUGGUCAAAAGAAGAAAAAUCAAAAGCGUAACAAGAAUAAGAACAAGAAUAAAAAGAAGAAAGUUGAAGUCCAACUUGAGUAA